CAGUACUGCUGCAUAUAAAUAAGGUGUAUAAAUAAUUGGGACCAUCCGCCUAGCUACUUCCCUCAAAGACAGCGAUGGCGGCUUCAUCCUCCAUUGUUGAGCUCCUCUGUUUCUCAAUCCUCCUCUUUCUCUGUUCCUCAUCUUCAGCCCAAUCCUUCCGCCCGAAAGCUCUAGUCGCCCCUGUCACUAAAGACGCCUCCACCCUCCAAUACCUCACCAGAAUCAACCAGAGGUCACCGCUAGUGCCUGUCACCCUCGUCCUUCAUCUCGGCGGCGAGAUCUUGUGGGUUGACUGCUCCGGGAAAUACGUCUCCUCUUCUUACCACCCGGUACGGUGCCGGUCCGCCCAGUGCUCCCUCGCUGGGCCCAUCGCCUGCGGAGAUUGCUACUCUGCACCUCGCCCUGGCUGUAACAAUAACACUUGCAGCACCUUUCCUUAUAAUCCCAUCUCUCUCACCCUCACCAAUGGCGAGCUCGCGGAGGACGUCGUUUCCGUUGCUUCCACCGACGGGUCGACUCCGGGAAGACCCGCCGCGGUUUCUCGAUUCAUCUUCAGUUGCGCUCCGGCUAUUGUGCUGAAGGGUCUGGCGAAGGGCGCAACAGGAAUUGCGGGUCUGGGCAGGACAAAGGUCGGGAUCCCUUCACAGUUCUCCUCCGGUUUCAGCUUCCGCCGGAAAUUUGCCAUUUGUCUGUCGUCAUCGACCGGCGUUGUCUUCUACGGCGACGGGCCGUAUAAUUUGCUCCCUAAUAUUGAUGCGUCAAAGCUUCUGACGUACACUCCGCUGAUCAACCCUGUGAGUUCCGCAGGAGCUUCGUCGGAGUACUUCAUCGGUGUGAAAUCGAUCCAAAUUGGGGACAAAGAGGUGAAGCUGAACACGUCGUUGUUGGCAAUUGACAAGAAGGGCAACGUAGGAACGAAGAUCAGCACCGUCGAUCCUUACACGGUUAUGGAAACCUCCAUCUUCAAGGCGGUGACGGCGGCGUUCGUGAAGGAGGCUGCCGAGAGGAACAUUACCAGAACGGCAGCGCUGGUGGCACCUUUCGAGGUGUGUUUCGGUGCGGAGAACAUUCUCAGCACGCGUGUGGGGCCAUCGGUGCCGUGGAUCACUCUGGUUCUGGGAGGGCAGGGUGCGAAGUGGACGAUCACGGGGGCGAAUUCCAUGGUGGACUUGCGGGAUUCCGGGAAGAAUGUGCUGUGCCUGGCGGUGUUGGACGGAGGCCGGAACCUUGGGACUUCAAUCGUCAUUGGCGGUCACCAAAUCGAAGACAAUCUUUUGCAGUUGGACUUGGAAGGUUCGAGAUUGGGUUUCAGUUCCACACUGCUAGGAAGGCAGACUAAUUGCGCUAACUUCAAUUUUACAUCCUCAGCUUCAUAAUGUUAUUUUUAAAUUUAGAAUAAUUUUGACAAAAAACAAAAGGUAGAUUACAUGGUACUCAUAAGGUACCAUACAUUUGUCCACAUGGACCAAUCAGAAUGUUGCAGUUGAUUUAUUUAAGUCUAAAUUAAAAAUGAUAUACCUAUUUGGACCAAUCAAGUUAGCGGUAGGUACGGUACCC